GUUUAAUUGGCGACAUGUUUACUCACAUUCUUUAUAAUCAAUAUGGGCCCCCACAAGGCUUCUGUUUUGACAACCUAUGUAAUGACGAUCCCAUAGUUGAUGACAUGACUGAUAGAAAUUACAACGUACCAGAAAGGGUCAAACAUUUCCUGCAACGUGUUGAACAUCAAGCUGAAUUCUAUGACACUAACCACUUGAUUAUGACAAUGGGAGGUGACUUCAUAUAUAGGGAUGCAGAAGUAUGGUUCAGUAACCUGGAUAAGCUUAUCAAACACACGAAUGCUCUACAAAGCAGCUCAAGUGCUGUGAAUGUCCUCUAUUCGACUCCUUCUUGUUAUCUUAAGGCAGUUCAUAAUGAAAAUCUUACUUGGGGUGUAAAAACCGGAGAUUUCUUUCCGUACGCUAGUGAGCCCCACGUAUAUUGGACAGGAUAUUAUUCAUUUCGGCCCACUCUUAAGUAUUUUGAACGUCUUGGCAAUAAUUUCUUGCAGGUGUCCAAGCAGCUUUAUGCACUUUCAAACCUUGAGUCCGAAAAUGAGGUGAGCCUUAACUCUUUGAGAGAAGCAAUGGGUAUUAUGCAGCAUCACGAUGCCAUAACAGGCACUUCAAAACAA